GACACCUGAGAGUCAUGGCACCAUGGUUCACAGAGUUUUAGGGGUGUCUGAUAUCUGCCUGACCAUUUUAUUUCUACCCUUCCUCCAAGGUGUAGAUAUCUUGGACCCAGGGGAGGUGGUUUACAGUGAGACCCGGACCAAUGGCGUGGUGGGACAUGGAGUGAUCCUGGAAUGUGGCCCCACCUUGCCUGAUGUCUAUAUCUGGGGCUUUACCGAACCAGGCACAGACACAAUUCGUGCUGUGGUGUACAAUUUUGGGAAGGGGCCCAAGCUGCAAAAAUUAGCCAAAGACUUGGGUGAUCUGACAGUCAUCAGCAACAGUGCGUCUCUGUCAAUAGAGAAGCUUCCUAUGGCUGCUGAAGGAGUUUAUACCUGCCAGGCAUUGUAUGAUACUGCCGAGGGAGCCAGGCUCUAUUACUACUAUGUGCAUCUGCGUGUUCUAGUGCCAGUGACCAAACCUUACAUUCUGAUGAGUGAUCCUUCACCAGUGGAGGGCACAUCAGUGAUUAUGCGCUGUGGCCUGGAGAACGGCACAGGGCCUAUUCAUUACAUAUGGGAGCAGGAAAGCCGGGAAGGGCAGUUCACCACCAUGGACGAGAGCAAUGACAACAACCUGUUCAAUGUCACCAAGGUCAUCCGCAAUCACACUGGCUGGUACAGGUGUAUUGCCAGCAAUCAGGUCAACGAACAGCGCAGUGAUCGGAUCUGGCUUGACAUAAUUUUUGGUCCAGACCUGCCUCAGAUCGAUGUCACCCCUUUCUCGGUAACAGAGCGUGGUUAUUCAGCCCUGGAAAGAGAGACUGUUUCCCUCCUGUGUCAAGCCUCCUCAAAUCCCCCCAGCCAAUAUGUCUGGUUCUACAACAACUCCCAGGUGUACACGGGUCCACAGUUCACUAUCACCAAGAUCCUACGCAUGCACACGGGCCACUAUGCCUGCAUGGCUCAGAACACUUACCUCAACACUCGCUCCAAGAAAACCAUCACCCUCACCGUCUAUUAUCCUCCAGAUGGUGCACCAUCUUGCUCUAUCCUCCCAGUUAACAACUACUCUGACCUGGCCCUCCGCUGUUCCUGGGAGGGCGGUGUACCUACAGCCUCUUUGAGAUGGAGCCCCUAUGUGUUUGGAGAUGAGAGUGAGGGAUUCACAAACAUCACCAAGAUUCAGACAGGUCCAGAUAUUGCAAACAACUCUAUGUUCAUCUGCCAAGGCUCACAUGUAGCACAGAAUGAAAUCAGCAGCUGUAGCACCAGAACAUGGAUGCCCUCUGCGGAGCCUAAGUGUUCUGCAUAUGCAACUCGUAACAAUGAGUACCUAAUGUUGUCCUGCUCCUGGGAGGGUGGGUUUCCUCGAGCCCUGCUAUGGUGGGCCUCCAGCUUAGGGGACAUGCAAGGAACAUCAGAGCAGAAUGCCAACAUCCUAGUUCUGCGGUCCAGUGCCACUUACAGUGGCAAAGCCUUUGUAUGCCAUGGCAAACAUCCAUUGGCAAAGGAGACCAAACAGUGUGUGUUAAAGCUGGAGGCACCAGUCUUAGUGACCCAGCGCAGUGUGAUGUCUGUCUAUGAGGGCAGUGAUGUCCAGCUCACCUGUAUUUUGAGUAAAAACUACCCUGUCACAGACAUCACCUGGUAUAAUAACUUAAAACAGCAUGUGGAUAACAUACCUACGAAGUACAUCCUGGAUCGAGCUGCUGCCUGGACUAACUUGACAGUGCGGGAAACAGACAGCGUGACAGACAGCGGGGAAUACUGGUGUUCGGCUACCAAUGCUGUUGGAGGAGCAGAGAUCCCUGUUAUGCUGAUGGUGAAAAGGUACCCAAUGCCCCCAAAUUUAACCAUCAGUAGGAUCAUUUACAACAGUCGUCAUAGAACAGAUGUUGACCUAGAGUGGCUGCCACAGACUGAUGGUGACUUCACCGGGUUCUUUAUUGAGCGUCAGAGGCUCCCCGACCCUGUAAAGAAACGAAACAGUGACCCUCCAUGGCAGAAACUGGUAGACAUGGAUCCUGAUGCCCGGAGCUGCCAGGUCAACAGUCUGGAUCCCACUGGAACCUAUGUGUUCCGCAUUACUGCCAUCAACCACCGCACCAUUGGAAACCCCUCAGAGAUUAAGAGCCCAGCGGACCCUCCCUUCAAUGCCUAUCCAGCAGUGAUUGGGGCAGCCAUUGGGGGUAUGAUCAUAGCAACAAUAGCCACUGUACUGCUCUUCAUGUUUGUGGUAAGGAACCGCAACAAUAACCCACGACUUCAUGACUUGAUAUUUGGAAGGCAGAACAGCCAGUCUAGAGAGAACAUUAACUUCCCUGAGGACGAAAUUGUUGGAAGAGGAGGGGAGAGAGGCCCAGGAGAGUCAAGUCCAUCAGAUAGUCCAGGUCCAUCAAUGGCACUGCCAAGGCCAACCGCAACACCUACAAACCUUCCCCCUGGCGAGGAACCAGUCAACGUAACUAUAACCGUCAUGGCUUCAAGCUAG